UUUGCCUACAGUGAUGGCCUCUUCUGCUUUUCCGGUCUUACUAGACUGCGCUCGAGCUGUUGAAGAUGGGGAUCUGAAACUUGCCGAUUCACUGCUUGAGCAGAUCUGGACUCUUGCAGCUGACGAACCCGACAAACAACAAAGCAUGGUUGUGAAAUACUUUGCAGAAGCUCUAGUUCGCCGAGCGUACGGACUCCAUCCUGACUUUGCCUAUUUCAAAUUGCAGAUGACUCCUCCAUUGCAUUUACAGUAUUGGGAUGGUAUUGCUAAUGAGAGUAUCGGAGAUGCCAUCAACAACACCGUGAUGGGAAAGAAGCGAGUGCACCUCAUUGAUUUCCGCAUAUCAAAUCUCUAUUACACUGAAGACUUGUUUGAUUUAGUAACCGAUGCUUAUGCUGAUGCUUUGGACGAUCUCAUAUCAGUCCGUGUAAGUGUCAUAUUACCACCGUCUCUGAAAAAAAUUAUAAAUGUCCAAGAAGAAAAGGAUUAUAUAACUGAGGCGGUCACGCGAUAUAAAUUUAAGUUGGAGAAGUUGGAAGUGGUUUACGCUAAUAGUUUGGAAGAAGUGGGUGAGUCUAUGUUGGAUUUCAGAAGAACAGAGGAUGAGGCUGUGGUCGUCUUCUAUUUCUUUAAACUCUCUAUGUUGCUGAGACAGGCUGGAAUAUUGGAGAGAGAGUUGUUAAAGUUGAGGAAUAUAAACCCGGACCUUGUGAUAAUAAAAGAGUAUGCUGCUAAUCAUAAUCACUCCGAUUUCAUUAGACGCUUUGAGGACUCUUUUCAACAUUACUCCCAUGUUUUUGGUCGAGACAAUAAAGAAGACAAUAAAGAAGAGAAUUGUUUAAGGCGACAUAUAAAUAAUAUAGUGGGAUGUGAAGGUAGGGAUAGAAUUGUGCGACACCAUACUUUGGAUCAGUGGCGAUCCCACUUGGAAACAAAUGGCUUUUUUCCAUUUCCACUCAAGCUGGACCAGAUUAGCGGGCUUAGUCGUUGCUAUCGUGAGGACAAUGGGUGUUUGGUUAGGAUCCAGGACAAUUGCCCUAUAUAUUUCAUAUCGGCAUGGAAACUCAAAGAUGGGGAGCAUCACUUCAAUCCAAUCGGCAAUAAUUUUGUUCAAGGUUGCAAUCCAAGUCCUCGAUUAGAAGAUAAAGUACAACCUUUACAACCUUUUCCAGAGGGUUUCAAAUUAAAUCAAUUGGCUGCUUUGGCUGAGAUACAUGACAUGUUACAAGAGUUAUGUUCUGAAAAUAAGAUUGAAUUGGCUUUAACAUGGACUUAUGAGGAUAAUAUGAAUGAAAUUUGGUUAGAUCCAUACGAGAAACGUACUCUAAUCUUCCAAAGUACUUUUUGUUAUUUUGAUGAUCAUGAGGAUCCAUCGUUGAUUGGAAGAAAUGAAGUACUUCAACUUUUACAAGGGUUUGCUAGGAAAGCACUUCAAUCAAGUGAGCACUUCCUUGUUAAGCCAAGUAUUUCUGAGUUUAUGAAACUUUACCAUCCAAAGAGUGUUAAAUGGUUUUGUAUUGCCGAUUGUGCUGCUGCUGCAAUCUGUUUACAAAACCGUUAUACCACUGAUGAUGUUUAUGUAGUAGCAUUCUUGUGGCGUCCAUGUAAAACUAGGCCUGAAAAAGCAGAAUCCUUGGCACUUCGUAUCUUCAAUAGCUUGAAAAAUAUGAAGACAAGGUUUGUAAAAGUAAGGGUUCAGGACACUGAAAUUGGGUCUCAGGAAGGAGCUAUUUCGAACAUUCCGCAGGUGACAGUGCCUAUGAUAAAUCCUCCACCAGCUUCGUCUACCACUGAUUUUAUAUAUUCAAACACGAGGGAUGGUCAUGUAAUGGUAACAAAAGGGCUUAAUGAGCAGCGGGGAGUGAUUCCAAAUUUCCACCCACCAUUACCUAUGCAUGCUUCAACAACAGCUGGAACAGGUGGAGUAGUAUUGCAAACACCAGGGCCUCAUGAACCGGGAAAUGGGAAACAAACUUCUUUUGAGCCAAUUGCAAAUAAUGAGAAUGAGAUAGUAAAAGCAAAUGUAAAUAAUUUACUAAUCUCAAAUGCUAAAAGAAGAAAGUUGACAUCUGAUGUUUGGAAAGAAUUUAGCUGGAAGCAAGAUGGGGAUGGGAAAGAACUUGCUACAUGUGUAGAUUGUGGUACAAAGUUUGAUGGUUCAAGCAAGAAAGGAACUACUCACUUAAGAAAUCACUUGCAAAGAUGUAAAAAAAGGGCAGCCAAAGUUGGGAGAGGUGAUUUAAAAAAUGAAAGUGUUAGUGAAGGUAAUUCUUCAUUUGAUCAAGAUAGGAGUAGGAUGGAUGUUGCAAGAAUGAUUAUUAAGAAUCAGUUCCCAUUGAAAAUAGUUGAGGAUGAAUUUUUUACCAAUACUUUGAAAAAUUUGCAACCAAUGUUCAAACUUCAAUCACAAGAAGCUCUAUCAUUUGACAUAAUUCAUGUCUACAAAGAGAAAAAACAUAAGCUCUUUCAAUAUUUUGAUAAGCUCUCAUGUCGCUUUAAUUUAACAAUUAGUUUGUGGGCACAUGAUCCUGAAAAGAUUGUGGAUAACUCAGGUGAGAAGAAUGUUGAAAAUUCUAUUGAUGGUGCCAUUAAAACUUCAAAUGCAUGUUUGUGGGACAUUUUUGGUAUCUACAAGAAACUAAGUCAACAGGAUGGAAGAGGAUACCCAUUGAUGAAUGUGAAAUUUGAUAACAAUUGUAGGACAUGUAGCUUGGUUUUGGCAAUUGCAGCUGUUCUUGAUCCGCAGUUUAGAUUUGAUGUUUUGGAGUUCUCCUACAAGGCAAUCUAUGGCUAUGGUGAUGCCAAGAUUCACUUGAGAAUGAUUCGUGAUACUCUCACUGAUAUUUUCGAUGAAUAUGCAAGAAUUAUGUCUAAUGAGGCAUUGUUCUCCAAUGAUAAUAAUUCAUCGACAUUGUUGAACACUGAAGAAAAUACAAAGGAAUCUUUCCAUAGGUGGUACAAUUCCAAAAGGAAUACUGAAGCUUCAUCAAUAUCAGAACUUGAUAUGUAUCUUCGUCAACCUAUAACUAUUUCUUCCAAUCUAGAUCUUGACAUACUUGGUUGGUGGUGUGAACAAGCUUCAAGCUUUCCUAUUCUUGCGAGGAUGGUUCGUGAUAUCUUAGCAAUACCUAUGUCAUCUAUUAUAUCAGGUUCUACUUUCCAUGAAAAAGUUAUGAUGGACAAUCCAAUAUUCAGUGGAUUAGACCCUCAGAUCAUAGAGGCGAUGAUAUGCGGCAGGGAUUGGUUAGGAUCUCCUGAAGAAAGUAAGUAA